GGCAUUUCUAGAAAAUUCGUUAAGUGAACUUUCUAGAAAUUCACGUGUGUAUAUUAGGGGCGAAUUACUCCAUUUUUGUUUUUGACAUCAAGUGAAUUGACCGGCUCGGUUAAUUUUAGGUGUGUUACUCAUUAUACAUAUUAUCUUUGUUUCAUAAAAUUUUUAAGACAAAGACGUUCAUUUCAGGCAAGUGUUGAAUUACUGAAAUUAGCAAAAUGUCUGUGGUUGGAUUUGACGUCGGAUAUCAGUCUAGUUAUGUAGCGAUAGCGAGGCAAGGAGGUAUUGAAACUGUGGCUAAUGAAUACAGCGACAGACGUACACCAUCUUUUGUUACGUUUGAAGACAAACAACGAGCUAUGGGUACAAGUGCAAACAGUAAAAUGUUGUCUAACAUCAACAAUACUGUAUGGGGUUUUACUAGGUUAUUGGGAAGAAAAUUUAAAGAUGAACAGAUUGCGAUAGAAAAACUCUAUCACCCAUACCAAAUUGUUGAAAAAGAAAACGGUGAUUUGGCCAUAAGAGUUCAAUAUCUAAAUGAAGAAGUUGACUUUACAUCUGAACAAAUAACAGCGAUGUUAUUAACAAAAUUAAAAGAAAUAGCUGAGGCAAACUUAAGAACUAAAGUCGUAGAUUGCGUCAUAUCUGUACCUUGCUUCUUUACUGAUAUUGAAAGACGAGCCAUGAUAGAUGCUUCUCGAAUUGCUGGAUUAAAUUGUCUUAGAAUUAUGAAUGCUACAACCGCUACAGCUUUAGCUUAUGGCAUAUAUAAAACUGAUUUGCCGGAAGAAAAAGAAAAACCUAGGAACGUUGUUUUUGUCGACUUCGGUCAUUCGUCUUUGCAAAUUGCUGCCGUUGCAUUUAACAAGGGAAAGCUAAAGGUUCUAGCAACAAGUGUUGAUCCAAAUUUAGGUGGUAGAAACUUCGACAAGAUGCUAACAGAGCACUUUUCUGAUGAAUUCAUGAACAAAUACAAGGUGAAUGCUCGCUCCAAACCGAAGGCCUACUUCAGGUUGAUGCAGGAAUGUGAAAAGAAAUUGAAAAAGUUAAUGUCUUCAAACACCACCGAAAUUCCAUUAAAUAUUGAGUGCUUCAUGAACGAUACAGAUGUUUCAGGAAGAAUGAAGAGAGAAGACUUUGAGAAGAGGGGAGCAGAGUUAUUUAAAAGAAUUGAGAUUUGUAUGACAGGCAUUUUGGCAAAUUCAGGCUUACAAUUAGAUGAAAUUGAUUCCGUUGAGAUUGUUGGUGGAAGUUCAAGAAUCCCUGCAUUUAAACAAUUAGUAUUGGAUGUAUUUGGUAAGACUCCAAGCACAACGCUUAAUGCUGAUGAGUCUGUUGCUAGAGGAUGCGCCCUUCAAUGUGCAAUCCUUUCCCCAACUUUCAGAGUCAGAGAUUUUAGCAUUUCUGAUUGUCAGCCAUAUUCUAUAAAACUGAAAUGGGCACCUUGCGAGCAAAAUGAGGAAGCUGAAAUGGAAGCUUUCACAAAAUUUUCCGCCUAUCCUCAAUCUAAGAUGCUUACAUUCUACAAAAAGGAACCAUUCGAACUAGAAGCCUUCUACAAUGAAAAGGAUAAUGUGCCACACCCGAAUAAAUUUAUAGGAAGAUUUAAAAUAGACAAAGUUUACCCAAAUCCCGAGGGUGGUAACUCUAAAAUCAAGUUUAAGAUCAAACUCUUAGGACAUGGUACAUUCGACAUUAUGUCAGCUAGCUUGUUGGAAAAAGUAGAAGUUGUUGUUGAAGAAAAAGAAGAGAAGAAAACUGAAGAAAAGCAAGAAGCGAAAAAAGAGGAACCCAUGGAAGUUGAAACUGGUACCGAGGCGCCAGCUGAUAAAAAGGACGAAAAGCCAAGUGAAGAACAACAGCCACAGCCAACUCCAGAUGCUGAACCCAUGCAAGCUGAAACCACUACCGAACCAGAGGCAGAAAAAAAGACUAAGACGAAGGUGAAGGUGAAGAGUAUAGAUCUUCCCAUUUUGUCAAACAUCCCAUCUCUGGGUGAAAGUGGUGUAAAUAAGUUGAUGGAAAAGGAGUUUCAAAUGAUAGCCAACGAUAAACUUGAACAAGAAAGAGCAGCCUCGAAAAAUUCUGUUGAAGAAUACGUCUACGAACUUAGAAACAAGCUUUGUACUGAGUACGAAGACUUUAUUAAAUCUGACGAUCUGGAUAACAUUAACAGCUUACUCUCAAAGACAGAAGACUGGCUAUACGAAGAAGGCGAAGAUGAGAAAAAACAAGUUUACAUAGACAAAUUAGCGGAAUUAAAGAAACAUGGAGCCCCAGUAGCGGAAAGAUAUACAGAAUUUUCACUACGUCCAGAAAUUAUCAAACAAUUCGGUGGUACCCUACAACAAACACGUAAGGUCAUUGAAAUGUGGGAACAGAAAGACGAAAAGUACAACCAUCUAACAGAUGAUGAGAUCAAAAAAGUUCAAAAAGCUAUUGAUGAGAAACAAACUUGGUUGGAUCAACAAAUUGGACUAUGCAAUACCACACCAAAAAAUGAAAAUCCGCCAGUCACAUGUGCGAAGUUCAGAUCCGAAAAACAGGCUUUUGAAACGACUGUUUCGCCUAUUCUGAAUAAACCGAAACCUAAAGUUGAACCCCCAGCGGAACAAAAGGAGAAAAAAGCAGCUCCAGAAGCUGAACCACAAAAAGAGGCUGAAGAGAAACCAGCUGAGUCACAGCCAGAGAUGGAUGUUGAUUAAACGUAAUUACUUAGUUAAGUUGGAGAUCUAGUGUAAAAAGGAAAUUUCGAUUUGUAAUAUUCAUUAUGUAAAACUUUACGAAAGCCAAAGAUAUCAAGCCUCUUAUCUUGAAGAUGUAAAAAGUUUGAUUUUCUUUUUCCAAUACACACUUUUAGCAAAAAUUUCUGAUAGCAGCAGUUUCUUGCUAGAUUGUAAAAUAUAUUUAUCUGAAGAAUAGUUUUCAAUACACUUUAUUAUUCUUAAUACUG